AUGAAAUUGACUGUUCUAGAGCUAAAAAUUUGAAAUAAAGAUCACCGAAUAUUUUGAGCAGUAUUUGCAGGUCUGCAGCUUGUUAUUAUAGCUUGCAUACUUUUCAGUUUAAUAACAGAUAGUUGGGUAGAGCUUGAUUUGUCUAAAAAUCAAGGAAAUGACUUCAAUUCUUUCAAAGGUGCUAUUUUAAGACUAACUGAAUAUGAUGGACAAGAUACUGAUUCAUCUUAUCAAGACAAGGAAGAUUACUAUUGCAAAUUUAACCAGAGUGGCAUAGCAAAUCCUUAUAAAGCUUGAUGCGAUAUGUUUCAUCAUUUAAAUGGAUCAGGCUCAACUUUUAUACUUUUUGAUAUUCUUUCAAUUGCUGCUCUUGUAGCAUGGGCAAUUGUUCUCAUUGCUUUUGCUUAUAGCGUGAAUUGCUUUUUUUGUUCAUUUGUAUGUUCUACGUGCUCUUGUAUUGGACAUUAUAUUGCCUUCUUCGUCUGGUUAAUUAACGCAAAAGGUGUUUAUGAUGGUGACUGUAACGAGAUUGCUCAACACUACAAUAACGGUCACUCCACUCGUAGUCUUGAAUCGCCAAAUCUCUGCAUGAGAAAUGGACCAGGGAUGGCAACCUUUUUAUUAAUUUUUAUACCUAUAGUGGUUAUUGCUUUUUUUCCCUUUGGAAUUGUAGCAUACAGAAAUAAAAGGCGAAAAGACAGAGAAGGAGAGCAUGGAGAAUUUGAACUUCAGAUACCACCUAUACUUCCAAAUCAAGGAGAGCAAAUUCCUGGCUUAUUCCCAAGUUACACACAGGCGAAUCAGCCUGAAGCAUCUUUUGGACCAUUGCCGCAAAUACUUAUACCGAAUGAAAUUCGCAUUGCAGACUUAAGUAGGCCACCCGCUCAAUCUGACUAUUCUAAUUAUCCAAAUCUUCAAAAAAAUAUCCAAUAA